AUGACGGUAAUUACCAGCGCGAGCGGCCUGCUGGCCAUGCUCGACGAGGAGGAACCUGCUCUCCGUGUGUACGCUCUUAAGAAUCUGAAUCUGCUCGUCGGCCAGUUCUGGGCCGAGAUCUCCGCGAACAUCUCCACCAUUGAGAGCUUGUACGAGGAUGAGACGUUCGACCAUCGCGAGCUGGCAGCUUUGCUGGCGUCCAAGGUGUUCUACUACCUUGGCGAGCUCACCGACUCGCUCACGUACGCGCUUGGCGCGGGGCCCCUGUUUGACGUCUCGGAGGACUCUGAAUACGUGCAGACGCUCAUUGCCAAGUGCAUUGACGAGUACAUGGAUUUGAGUGUCAAGCGCGCCGACUCCCACGACCCUGACGCCGACUAUCCUCUGGACCCGCGCCUCGUGGCCAUCGUGGAGCGGAUGCUCGACAACUGCAUUGAGGAGCGUCAGUUCCAGCAGGCCAUUGGAGUGGCGCUGGAGUGCCGCCGACUUGACAAGCUCGAGGCUGCCGUUGCCAGGAGUGGCAACUCGCGCUCCCUGCUUGCUUAUUGCCUCCAGGUCUCUCACUCCCUUGUCAACCGCAGACAGUUCCGGCAGCAGGUGCUCUCAACGCUGGUGCGCCUAUACCAGCAGGCGGAGACCCCCGACUACGGCAGCAUAUGCCAGAUGCUCAUGUUCCUCAGCGAUGCAGCAGGGGUGGCGGCAACACUGGACCGACUCAUCAAGGGGCAGACCGAGUCUGAUGCUCUAUUGGCCUACCAGGUCGCCUUUGACCUGUUCGAGAAUGAGUUUCAGCAGUUCCUGCUGUCCGUGAGGGAUGCUCUGCCUGAUCCGCCGCCCCCGCUUGCUCCUGCCCCUGCUGUUCCGGCCUCUGCUGAUGCUGAUGCUGAUGCCGCUGCUGCUGCUCCGGAGGCGGAUGCUGCUGCUGCUGCUGCUGCUGCGGCUGCUCCUGCAGCAGCGGAUGCGGAGGCGGCGGCGGCUGGUGGUGAGGCUGCUGCAACAGGCGCAGCAGCAGCAGCAGAGGGAGGCAAUGCUGCUGGUGCUACUGAUGGGGCUGCAGAGAUGGAGACGGAGGAAGGGAAGGAGGGAGAAGGAGCAGUGAAGGCAGAGGGGGGAGAGGCGACAGAUGCGGCUACAGCAGCUGCUGAAGAUGGGGCAGCCAAGCCUGCCGCCGAGGCUGACGGGACAAGCACCAUGGAUACUACCGAGGCAGGCGGUACUGGUUCGGCCGAAGCUGCAGGUUCGGGGGAGGGCGAGGCGGCUGCCGAGGCUGCGCCGAGCGAGGAGGUGGUGUAUGCGGAGCGGCUGGCGAAGCUGAAGGGGAUUCUGUCGGGGGAGACGCCGAUUGGCCUCACUCUGCAGUUCCUGUACAGCCAUAACAAGGCGGACCUGGGAGUGCUCAAGGCGAUCAAGCAGGUGGUGGAGACGCGCAACAGCGUGUGCCACAGUGCCACCAUCGUUGCCAACGCGUUCAUGCAUGCGGGCACAACAGUCGACACCUUCCUCAGAGACAAUCUGGACUGGUUGAGCCGAGCGACCAACUGGGCCAAGUUCAGCGCUACAGCCGGGCUGGGGGUGAUUCACAGGGGGCACCUGCAGCAGGGGCGCUCCCUCAUGGCGCCCUACCUGCCCCACGGGGCUGGGGGGGGCGCUGGGGCAGCAGCAGGCGGGCUGAGUGGGAGUGCGUAUUCGGAGGGCGGGGCGCUGUAUGCUCUGGGGCUCAUUCAUGCGAACCACGGGGAGAGCAUCAAGGGCUUCCUGCUUGAGAGCCUCCGCAACACCAGCAACGAGACGAUCCAGCAUGGGGCGUGCCUGGGAGUGGGCCUGGCGGCCAUGGGGACGGGCGAGGAGGAGGUGUAUGAGGACGUGAAGAGCGUGCUCUACACCGAUAGUGCCGUGGCGGGCGAGGCGGCGGGGAUCGCGAUGGGGCUGCUGCUGGUUGGGUCGGCGAGCGAGCGGGCGGCAGAGAUGCUGGCUUACGCCCAUGACACGCAGCAUGAGAAGAUCAUCAGGGGUUUGGCUGUAGGAAUCUCCCUGGUGGUGUACGGCCGGGAAGAGGAGGCAGAUAUCCUCAUCCAGCAGAUGACCACGGACGCUGACCCGAUCCUGCGCUACGGCGGCAUGUACGCCAUCGCCAUGGCCUACCGCGGCACCGCCAACAACGGCGCCAUUCGGCAGCUUCUGCACUUUGCCGUCAGUGACGUCAGCGAUGACGUCAGGCGCGCUGCCGUGCUGUGCCUGGGCUUCGUUCUCUGCGCCGAGCCUGAUCAGAUUCCUCGUAUGGUGUCGCUCCUGGCCGAGUCCUUCAACCCCCACGUUCGCUACGGGGCAGCCAUGGCAGUCGGCAUCGCAUGCGCGGGCACGGCGCAGCGCAGCGCUCUCGACCUGCUGGAGCCGCUCACGUCAGACGGGGUGGACUUUGUGCGGCAGGGCGCGCUGAUGGCCACAGCUAUGGUGCUCAUGCAAUGCUCGCAGGAGAGAGAACCAAGGGUGGUCACCUUCAGGCGCCAACUCGAGAAGGCCAUUCACGACAAGCACGAGGACACCAUGUGCAAGAUGGGCGCCAUUCUUGCCUCGGGAAUCCUCGACGCCGGCGGCCGCAACGUCACCAUCUCCCUGCGCUCGCGCUCCGGUUACGAUCGCGUAACCGCUGUCAUUGGCAUGGCUCUUUUCACCCAGUACUGGUACUGGUUCCCGCUGCUGCACUUCCUCUCUCUCUCCUUCUCCGCAACGGCACUCGUCGGGCUUCAGGAGGAUCUGAAGGCGCCGAGAUUUGAUUUUAUUUCGGAGUGCCGCCCAGGGCUGUUUGCGUACCCGCCACCCGCGGUGGUGGCUAGUAGCAGCACGGCUGUGAAGGCGCCGGUUGCGGUGCUGUCGACGGCUGCUAGGGCGAAAGGGAGGGCGAAGGAGAAGGAGGAGAAGAAGGAGAAGGAGGAGGAGAAGAAGGAUGGGGGCGAGGGGAAGGCUGGGGAGGGUGGGGUUGCAAUGGAUGGGGUGAAGGGGGCCGAGGAGGAGGGAGGGAAGAAGGGAGAGGAGAAGAAGGAAGGAGAUGCUAUGGAGGUUGAGGGGACUGAGACCACCCCUGGUGCUGCUGCUGAAGCCAAAAAGCCGUCCGAGCCAACGUCUGAAAUCCUCCACAAUCCUGCCCGAGUGCUGCCCGCCCAAGAAAAAUACAUCAAGUUCCCGGACACCUGCCGUUACGCACCAAUCAGGAAGCCGACGUCUGGUUUUCUGCUCCUCAAGGAUCGCCAGCCCGGGCAGCCCGAAGAAUUCGCGCUCACUGACGGGCCGAAUGCGGCUGCGGCCGGAAAUUCCGGAGCUGCCCGCACUGCCGCUGCUGCCGCCCCUGCUGCUGCUACUGCUCCUGUGGGGGCAUUCAGGAGGAGCGGGGGAGGAGGAGCAGGGGGGAGGGGCGGGAGAGGGGGAGGUGCUCCCCCUCCCCCCCCACCUCCUGCUGCUGAUGACGAUGAUGAUGACGAGGAGCCUGCUCCUCCCGAGGCCUUCGAUUUCCGUUGA